GCCAUUUAGUUAAUUCAAAAAAGAGCUUCGAAAAUUCGGUAACUCUUGAAAAAAUACCUUUUUUGCAAGUCCAGACGAUACUUUGUGCCCCAAAAGUAUGAUAAAAGUAAUCUAAGAGACUCCGUGCAGCGAUAAAAUAUCACUUGAAGCUCCAAUUCGCGUUAUUUCGGACACUUUUUCGCAGUUUUACAUAAACACUCGUCGUCACCAUGGCUGAUCCGCUAAGUUUGUUGCGUCAAUACAACAUCCAAAAGAAGGAAAUUAUCGAACGCGAAGGCCAAAUUAUCUUCGGCGAGUUCUCCUGGCCCAAAAAUGUCAAAACAAACUAUCUCAAAUACGGCUCCGGCAAAAAGGGAGCUGCCAAGGAAUACUACACACUCGAAUGUUUGUUGUACAUCCUCAAAAAUGUCGGAUUGCAGCAUUCGGUGUACGUUAGACAGGCAGCUGCUGAAGAUAUUCCCGCUGUAAAUCGUCCCGAUCGUAAAGAGCUGUUGGCAUAUCUCAAUGGCGAGACAACCACAUGUGCGAGUAUUGAUAAAUCCGCUCCGCUGGAGAUUCCGACACAAGUUAAGCGUCCCUUGGAUACGGAAGGCAUCGAAUCGAUCAGCAAAAAGGCUCGUUAUGAGGAACAACAAGUGCAAAAAGUCAAGGAACAGCUUGCGGCACGUCUUGACAUCAAUAAAAAAGAAGCUUCGGUCAACUUGGAUAACAUCAAGUCCCUCUCAGAGACGAUGUCAAUUGAGAAAAUUGCUGCCAUCAAAGCGAAACGCUUAGCUAACAAACGUACGACGAUCAAACGCAACGACACGGAUGUCGAUGGGCCCGAUUUACGAGCAAUUAUCGAUUUUGACGUCGGUUCCACGAAAGAUAUCAUCAGUCGGGAGCGUCAAUGGCGCACAAGAACCACAAUUCUCCAAAGCACAGGCAAGAUUUUCGCCAAAAGUAUUUUGUCGUUGCUCCAAUCGAUCAAAAAUCGCGAAGAAGGUCGUGCUCGCCCGCAACAACAACCGAUAAAAUUGCCCGAACCCCCGAGAAUAAUGCGUCCCGUGAUUCAACCAGCGCAAUACAAUCGUUACGAUCAGGAACGAUUCAACAAGCAAAAAGAAGAGACCGAGGGUUUCAAGAUCGACACUAUGGGUACGUACCAUGGCAUGUCGCUGAAACUCGUGACUGAGGGCAAACAACAAGCUCGUUCCGCCGCAAUUCCCGCAGCUGCAAUGCCUCCGGGUCGUCCCGGCAAAGAAUUGUUGCCCGCAAAUCAGGGACGCGUCGUAAAUGCCUCGCAACAAAGCAAGAGGCAAUCCCGUACGCCCAUCAUCAUCAUUCCCGCAGCCUUAUCGAGUCUCAUAACGAUGUACAAUGCACGCGAUAUUCUGCAGGAUUUGCGUUUCGUGACGACGGAACAGAAGAAGGCGCAGGGAUGCACGCGCGACAACGAAGUUCUCAUUCAGCGACGCAAAGAUGCCAAUACAACAGUGCCCUAUCGUAUUAUAGACAACCCAAAUAAGCUCUCGGCGUCGGAUUGGGCGCGUGUCGUUGCCGUUUUCGUCAUGGGCCCAACGUGGCAGUUCAAGGGAUGGCCUUGGGAUGGAAAUCCCGUGGAAAUUUUCUCGAAAAUUUGCGCUUUUCACAUCAAAUUCGACGAAAUGAAGCUCGAUGCGAAUGUCGCAAGAUGGGCUGUCACGGUUCUGAACAUGUCACGCACCAAACGACACUUGGACAAGUCAAUUUUGAUGACGUUCUGGGAGAAAUUGGAUUUGUACAUGUUGAAAAAUAAGCCAGAACUACGAUUUUAGUGAUUUACAAUAAAUUGUAAGAAAAAUUGUAAAAUUUUUUUUGAGAGAAUAAAAUUUAGACUUAAAUUUUUUUCGU